UUAAAUAUCUUAAUUAAUUAUAUUCUUUUAAUCACGUGGUAUCUUCUUCGUUUUAUAUACAUUAUCAAUAUAUAAAAUGUAUCAGUAGAUUCUCAAUUCAUAAUUAAAUAUCUUAAUUAAUUUAAACAUGUUUCUCAAUUCACUCCUUAUCGACAAACAAGAAUGACCAUUCGCGUGAGUAUAUCCAUCCAAUUAAAAGCCAACCACCAUAUGUUUAGGUGGUCAUUUCUACUUAACCUAUUAAACUUGAAUGAACGAUGGAUGCCUCAUUCAUUUACCAAAGAAACCACCCAAUAUAAUGUCAUUGAUUUACAUUAUGCAAUCACAGAUUUGUCAUUUUUACCCAAAAUAUCAAGUGGGAUUGAUCUAUGGCUUAUACAAAGUUUGUUGCUUGCAAAUGAGAUGUUUUUGCAUUAAAUUAUGUUUAAUGAUUAGUUGGAAUUCAAAAGUAGGUUUAUUGCUCCAAGAAUUAUGUUUGAACAAGUUUGGACGACCUAAUUAGAAUCUAACCAUACACUAGAAAAGAACAUAACGGAUUUGUUAAGCAAAUUGGUCGAACUUUGAUGAUCCAUAUAUAAAACAAACAUUGUUUAGGGACUGCAGAAUGAACACCAUAACUUGAGGGACCAUGCGGGAUAUAAACUCUUGCAUUUACUGACGCAUUAAUUAUUAUUUUAAUUAUAUUCCACCAUAAAGUGUAAAGCUCUUCUUCAUCUUCCUUCCAGUCCACAGUCUCUCUCACAGUGAUGCUGCCAUUCUCCGCUCCCCUUUUUCUUCUUCAACCCUCAUCUCCACCACAUCCACCGUCUUCCCUCCGCCGCCGUCUCUCCAUCUCCAAUUCGUAGCAUUUUCCUUCCUCUUCGCCGGAAGUUAUGUCGUCUUCUUCUCCAACCGUCUACUCCAUCUCCCUUCUACUAUCCCUCGCACUCAUCUUCAUCUUCGCUCCCGAAAUCCUCCCUUCCCAAAACCCUUUCUCCUCCCCUCACGACGAUCUUGACGAUCUCGCCCUCUUCAAUAAAGCCCUCCGCUCUGUCCACGGCGACGGCCGCGGCGGCCACCGCCGCCUCCGAAUCUCCCGCCUCGCCACCAAAAACCCCACCCCCAAGAUCGCCUUCCUCUUCCUCACGAACUCCAACCUCACCUUCGCCCCUCUCUGGGACCUCUUCUUCCGCGGCCACUCCCACCUCUACAACAUCUACGUCCACGCCGAUCCCUUCUCCGCCGUUGAAAUCCCGUCCCCCUUCGAAUCGCACCUCAUACCCAGCAAGAGGACCGAGAGGGCGUCCCCUACCUUAAUCGCCGCCGAGCGGCGGCUCCUCGCCCGGGCCAUUCUCGACGACCCGUUCAACCUCUAUUUCGCCCUCGUCUCCCAGCACUGCAUCCCUAUCCACUCUUUCCCCUUCUUCUACCGCUCGCUUCUAGGGGAUAACCCGAUUAGGGCUUUCGGCUCCCAGCCCCGUCACCGGAGCUUCAUCGAGAUCCUCUCCGACGACCCCAAUCUCCCCGAGCGGUACGCCGCCCGUGGGGAGAACGCGAUGAUGCCGGAAGUGCCCUUCGACGAGUUCCGGGUCGGGUCGCAGUUCUUCGUGCUCGCCAAGCGCCACGCGCUGCUUGUGCUGUCUGACAGGAAGCUGUGGAGGAAGUUCCGGCUCCAGUGCCUGAACCUGGACUCCUGUUACCCGGAGGAGCACUACUUCCCGACGCUUCUGUCCAUGGCGGAUCCCAAAGGGUGCAGCAAGUUCACUCUGACGAAUGUGAACUGGACGGGGAGCUGGGAUGGACACCCGUACACCUACGAGGCACCGGAGAUCUCGGUGGGCUUGAUACGGAGGUUGAGGCAGUCCAAUUCGAGCUAUCCCUACAUUUUUGCCAGGAAAUUUUCGCCGGAUUGCCUGCCGCCGUUAAUGGAUAUUGCCGAUGACGUUAUUUUCCGGGACUGAGUGAACGGCAGCAACCGAGCAGCAGCAAAAGGGGAAAGUAAGUAAAACUAAACCAAAUUUUCUUAUUUGUUUUUUCCCUGAUAAAUUCUUUAAUCUCUAUAAAGCCAGUAAAAUAAUGAAAUUCAAGUCAUUAUAUUGAGUAGUAGUUAAUUAGAUAACAAAUGCUCGUCAAUGAGGCGUUUUUGGGUGCUAAAAUCCAGGGAGAGACUGUUCAAAUGCGAUUUGAAGGCUCUUUAUAAUUUCUUAUUUUCUUUCAUGGGGCGUGAUUAAUUAGUUUUGAUGAAUUGCAUUGUUAGAGUGUUUAAGAGUAAAAUAUUAAAUCUUUACAAAAUGUUGGGUCUUCCCCUUGACAUUGAAUGAAAUUAAACACAUGAAAGGGAAUAGUUUUGCUUGUUUGAUUCCCUUUUUGGCAAUGUACCAAGUGGUUAUGGUUUGUAUAUGCGAUGAAUGACGAAUAGGAAUGAAACCAAAAGAAGCUAAAUGAAAGGGUUAAUGGAAAAGACAUAGUAGUGAAAACAAUUAUAGUUUAUCUUCCAAAUGCCAUCAGACUUGUAAGUCGCCAUACCUUAGUAAGGGACGACCUUGUGCUCGGGUGUUCUAGUCCUAACGACUCCCCUACAUAACUCUUAAGCUGAACUCAGACAUGCUGUAUAUUAUUCGUUAUCGUUUGUAUAUAACUUUAGACACCACUGGUGUGUGUCUCAGUAGUUGGGAAAUCGGGUGAUAGAUUAGUCAACUAACAGAACAUAUUAGUAUUAUCCAUUGCAUCUGAGAGAGCGCAAUUUCAUCUGGUUCUUGCAACCGGGGUUGGCUGGUCUGAUGACGAAUGAUUUGAGGGUCGAAGCAAAUCCUAGGAAUAUGAAGGAAACACUCUUACAAUAUCUGAAAUUGAGUUUCACUUUCAUCCUUGAGCUCUGUUACUUUGAUAUUUACGGAUGUCUGAAAUUCUGAAUGACUAACACUACAGUUCAAGCAACCUAUAUAAUAAUGGUAUAAGAAUCGAAGGCUCUACUCAAAGAAUAUAUAUUGUUGGCCUUUCUUUGGCGUGUUAUCUUUCUUUAUCUUCUUUAUACUUUAUAGAGCAAAAGAAGAGGGGAGAGAGAGAUAGUGAUGGAUAUGGUGAUCUCUCUGAGUUUGACUAACAAACAAUACAUUAUAUAAACAUAAGUGUAAGAUUCCCCUAACUUUGCUUUUGGCAAGAGGGAGGCCUCAUUCUUUCGGUGCUUAAUUAUGUCUGAGAUCAUAUGGUUUGUGGCGCUUCUGUAUCUUUUCCCCCUUAAUGCAUCAUAUCAUAAGAAGGCUACCAAAAGUGGUUUGGCGUCAUAAUCACGUGAUGAAAGGAUUAUUUGAUCUUGAUUGAUCUAAUCUGAUCUCUAUGUUAUUAAUUUAUCUCUCUUGUUACUUGUGAUGUAGGGAGUCGCAGCCAUUAUAGUUAGCAGGUAGGUUGGUGUUGGCGGCAACAGAGCAGAGUAUGAGAGUUGAGAAAGGAAUCUCUGCUCUCUUGGUCUGGCGUUUUCCUUUUGUUAUUUUGCUUACUACUACUUUCUGCUACUAGUAGUUUGGAGGUUGCCGUGGAGGAGAAGCAGACAGCGGAGAAAGGAGAGCAGCGUUUUGGAUUCUGUAAAGGGGAAUCCCAGAAGAGGCUCCUCCCCUUCUCUAUCCCUCUCCUCCAGCCAAUGUAGAAUAGAAUUAUGAAUGAGGA